AUGAGGAAUUCCGUAAAUGCUGUUUGGGGAAAUGGGCUAAUUCUACCGGCGAGGUACAGAGAAAUUUGAAAAUUCUCUUAUUGACAUCGGCCAAAAAUAAAAAAAUUGACAUGUUUCCACACGGUGCAACUGGCGUGGGAAAGUGGUUUUUGCGUCAAAAAAUCAGCACAGUGCGAAUGGGAAACGCACUGUGCACUUUCAACCCCUUUCAAAAGCAUUCAUUUUGCAAUGUGCGUGAAUUUUCUGCACGACGGCGCACAAUCAAGAUUUUCUUAGCCCGCCUAGUAUUAUGUACAGUUUUGAUCUCCGACAAUGAGAACGAAAGCCUCAUGUAGAAACUUACAUUAGAUUAUCUAUAAUUGUUUGGAUGAAGAACUGCGGGUCCUUGUAGGAAAUGUGUGAGUCGCCAAAAUCUCAAGAACACACUGUUUGACAUUCCCAGAAUCAAAAGCUGCUGAACUUCAGUGCAAUCUCGAUCUUUAUGCGCCCCAGUAGUUCAAGAAUCGUUGCAACUCUACGACGUUCGAAACUAGAGGUAUGAAGGACUUUCAGAAACCUCAGUGAACCUCAGUGUGUUCUUCAUCAAGGACAACAAGUCAAGUCAUAUGUCCGCGGUUGGGAUUGGUAACAUUCCGUGUUUUUGAUUGUUGAUGUCCCUAUGCUUCUACUAUUGUACUCCAAAAACUUCUUUUUUGGGGCAAGCCAAAUACUUUUGCAAUUUUUUAAUAAAAUUGUACUACUGUUAAUCAAAUUAAUGAGGAUUUUAUAUCAACAAGGAAAAAUUUUGACCUCUAAUUUACAUAUUUUUAUUGUUUGCCAUUCCUAUUUACCUGAACGCAAUCCUAAUGCCAGACCUAUUAAUGCUUGUGUCUUCUUUUUUUCUGUGUCGCGAUAGCUCUCAAGCGCCCAGUUUCCCGCGCAAAAUAUUUUUUGAGCUCUUUUUUGCAUAUUUUUCUUUCCUUUCUGUAAAAAUUGUAUUUAUCUAACCAUGCAAAGGCGAAGGCAAGUUUUAAAAAAUUUUCUUUGAUACAACUAGUAUAUUUUUCAGAACGUUGAGUGAUUUGACUGGUGAAACUCCUCGUCGCGAUAUCUCACGGAGGAAAACUUUGGCUGCGAUCAGUCCUCGAGGAAAUUUCUUUAAACCUGCGAAAGCUGUGGUAAAAAAAGUGGCCAAGAAAAAGGAGAAAGAUGCAGAGGAACUGAAGAAAGAUCUGGAAGAGCCUUGCACUUCUUCGGUGAGUGUGAUUACAUUACAAAUGUAUGUAUAUAAUAUUUAGUUGCUUUUUUUAAUUAGCCAGAAAUGAAAAGAAGAAAAUAACAAGGGGAAAAUUUUUUGUCAUAGAAAAGUUUCGAUGUAAAAGGAUUAAUUUUUGCUUAAAAUUGGUCCUUGAGACAUUUGAAUUUGUUCGUUAUACAGAGCCUUUGUUUUAUCGCCUCUGUUUUUUGUGGUACACAGGUUCCAUCGUAUUUUGUAUACUAAUACUUAGUUUUCUAAUGUAAGCAAAAAAAGUCACAGCAGUCACUUUGUACAACAAAUCGCAAUGGGUCAAAAGAUAUUUGUUGUAGAAAGGUUUUGUUGUAAAAACAUUUAAUUAGUCCUAAAAUUGACCCUGUUGGCUUUGAAAUUCUCUUUUAUAGAGAGGUUUUGUUGUAUGAGAGUGCUGCAGAGGCUUGGUUGUAAAGUUGUAAAGAAUAAUAACCUUGCUUUUAGAAACAAGACCCAUCUCAAUGGGAGAGUUUCCUCAGCUGGCUGGAUGAGUAUUUCAAUCAAGUCUGCGAUGAGGGCCGGGAAGAUGAGUUUGUGGACUUGAAGGACUUUGAUAAAGAGGUGAGCAUUUCAAUUUGAUAUUUGUAUUAUAAGUUUUAGAUUAUCCUUUGAAAAUCUUGAGAUUUUGUAAUAUUUGCACGUUGUAUGGCUAGGCGUAUUUUUCCAUUACUCCGUUUUUUCAGAAGUUCAAUAUUGGCCUCGAAGAAGUCCGUGCUCUCAAAAGAAACGCCGAGAAAUUAGUCAAAGCCGAAGAUCACACGGGAAUCAGCAACAUUGACAUUGAUAAAGCGGUCGAAGCCGGAGCAUUGGCCUUUGUGGAUCUCCACACAAUGACGAGAAAACGGUUGCGGAAUUUGAAACGACGAAUCAGCGACCCGAAUUUGCUCUACAGUCCAAUUCCAUACGAGGGAAGUCUGAAGAAUUACAUCGAAAAGUGUAAAAGGCAAGUCGAUUUAUUGAAUUUUGAAAUGUUGAUCUUUAGUGAGCGAGAAAAUCAAAUCAUUGAGACGUAUGUGGACUUCAAAACAGAGUUGAAAGCAAAGUACGACGUUCUGCAGAGAGUGGGAGAGCUGAUUCGGAGAGGUAAAGUGAAAAUAUUUGGAUACUGUAUGAUGUGAAACACAAAUUUUUGAUGAAAAUUGGCUGAGGUUACAAUUUUUUGAGGUCUGUAUGAUGUUUUCAGCUUGCGUUUUAUGGAGACCACAGAGAUUUUUAGGCCGAAAAAGGGGGAAAUUUGGCAAUUUUUUAUAAUUUAUUUUUAUAAUUAUGAGUUCUUAUCAGUCUGUCGGGAAAAUAAUGAGCACAAUGUCGCAACGAAAAUUUCAUUGCGGCGAAUUAAUCGUGUCGUGGCUAAGCAUGGCUGCAAACCGGGCCAGCCCGGCCCGGGCCGCAGGCCCGGGCUUAAAUCUCCAAGUCCGGCCCGGGCCCGGGCUUGGGAAAUUUGGAAAGCCCGGCCCGGUUCGGCCCGGAAAAUUUUAUACUAGUUUGGAAAGAAAGAAAGCGGGAAAUGAAAAGAAAAUUAUGGAAAACUUUCGCAAGAUGUAAAGAAAAAUUUAGCAAAACCUAGGUACAUAAGGUCACUUUACGUUCGCUAUCAGCAGUGUGUUCGAAAAAAUGAAAAAUCCUAUUGUAAAAGCUUAUUUUUUCCUUUUUUCCGGGCAAAACUCAAAUUUCAAAAAAACCGGGCCGGCCCGGGCCGGGCCGGGCCUGAAAAUCGAAGCCCGGAGUCGGGCCGAGAAAUUAGUCGGCCCGGCCCGGGCCGGAAAAUUUUGCAAAGCCCGGCCCGGAGCCAUGCCUAGUCGUGGCAAAAUCAGAUUGCUUUUACUACACGAUUUUCGCUGCGGCUGUGUGGUCAUUAUUUUCCCGACAGACUGAUAAAAAAUCAAGAUUUAUGUUAGUGAAAAAGAGCAGAAUACUUUUAAAAAUUUUUUUCUGGGAAAAAUUUAAAUUUUUUGGACAAAAAACUUUCUGUAAUGGCCCUUCUCUCUGUCCUUAGGUCUCAAAAUCUCAUUUGCAUACCCAAAAUCAUUACGAACAUUUUCUCUUCUAUUGAAAAUACCGUAACCCUUUAUGAUGACCUAUUUUUCAGACAACAUCCAAGAAAUGCCGGGGACCAAACGCCUUCGUUACAAGAGGCCUGACUGUAAGGUUGACGAGAACUUGAAGACCCCAGAGAACGUUUGUCGGACGAAGAAUCCUCUUUCGUAUGAUCUGGUAGGUAAAUGUUUUUCUUGGGGGAUGAGCAGAAUGUAAAGAACUGCUCAAGGAACGCGCGAAUCAGCGUGAUCGUAACUGUGGGUAGCAUUACGGGCUUGAUGAUCCAUAAUUGAUACGCGCGACUUUUUGAAGAAAUUCCAGUUGCAGCGAUACUUUGGUCUAAAACGGAAAUUUUAUACGGUAAGGUGAUGACUAACUUUACGUUGCAUUUUUUUCAUUUACAGACAAUUAAUCGAGCAUUAGGCUGAACAAAAUGUCUGCUGCAGAAAACAGCAAGUAUUUAUAGUAAUCAUGAGUUCUCAAUGCUCAAUCGCCCAUAUUGUAGUUUUACUUAUCAACCAGUAGCGGAAGUAUCCAAAAACAACCUCUUAAUGUAUCUAAAAUGUGAUAAGAAACGGAAAUUAAAAUUUUGGGCUAUCCCUUAAUGCUGUCAUUAUUAAUUUUUAAGUCUGAUAUCAUCUUAUUGAUACCCACGCAAUCUCCUAAUUAAAAAUUGCGAUAAAUACAAACAUUGUAGCGUCAUCAUAAACGCAAAAAUAUAAUUUUUUGUGAAAUUUUGGUAGUAUACUGUAGUAAGCGCAUUUUAAAGAGAGCUUUAUGCUAAUUCAGACAACAGCUCGUAUCCUUUCAAGGAAAUUUUGUGAUAGUUCCGAAAGGUGAAUAAUACAAUGAAAUUGAUGAAAUUUUUGGAGGACAGCAGAACUCUACAUAUAACCGGUUGUAGAAUGCUCGAUAAACUUUAGAAUUUGGCACAUAAAAGUUUUUUGCUCAGAAAUAACACCUAUUAAAGCAAGCAAACUGAGAUUUUGACCCUUUGGCCCGUUGAAAAUGCCCAACUUUUUACCGUAAUCCACAAAUUUUCCUUUUCGAAUGAAUUCCCAUAACUUUGUCUCAUUCCGGUUGAAUAUGAAAUUUUUGCAAAAAAAGCACCUGUUCAAUGCAUACUUCACUUGCUCCGGUGAAGCCUUUUAGUGCAAGAUCUAGCUUACCUGAAAAAAGAAAUUAUUUUCAUCCGUUUUUCAAAAUCCACGCCCCCAAGCCGGUACAAAAAUCUCCGUCGAGCCUUCGCCAGUGUGUGAAACCUCCGCCAAGCCACUGACACUAACAGAAUGCAUCUUAGUAGAUGUGACAAGCCUUGUUUCGUCCGUAGUAAAGAUGUCUGGUUUUUGUCACGAGACAUAAUUUUCAAAAAAGGCGUGAAAUGUCAUCGCCAAAAAAUGGUCUACACGAGGAAAAAUUCUUUUGCAUAUUCUAAAACUGCUCGAUUUCGAGUUUUAAAACUAAUUGAAAGUUCUUGUAUAGCUGCAAAGAGCACCAAGAUACUUGCAAAAACUUUGUGCACUUUUUUUUGAAACACCUGUACAAAGCACUGAUUCUUUUUGCAAGGAUUCAGUGUGCAUUCCUCGUUACCGAGACGUCUUUACCCUAAUAUUUUUCUAGAUUAUGGACGAUUUCCUCGACUUCAAAGCCGAAGAGUUCAUUGAGCACAAUCGUGCAGUCCGCCGGCGAACACUUGCGAGGCUGAAUCAUUGA